GAGAGAGAGAGGGAGAGAGAGAUGACAAUUUGAGAGCAAGGAGACUCAGGUUACAGAUGCGCCUCAAACUCACCACCACAUUUUGAAUCUUAGCUAUCACAUGGUGUUUUUCUACACCUUACGUCUUGUUUAGGGUAUUUGCGCCUCGACUAACCCGCAUGCUGGUUGGCUGAAAGGCAAUCAUCCCAUCGUGGUGAAACAAACACGCUGUGCUCCACAUCGAGGAGGAGGAAGAGCGACGGAGCGCAUCGCCUCUGCACACACUUGCUUCAUUUUGUGAUAUAAGAGGCUAUUUAACAAAUAGCCGGCACGGGCUGUAGGGGCUGUGGAGGAGGCGGACUGUAGUGCAAUGAUGACGGGCAAAUCUGUGAAAGACGUUGACAGAUACCAGGCUGUCCUCAACUCUCUGCUGGCGCUGGAGGAGAAUAAAUUUUGCGCCGACUGCGAAUCAAAAGGUCCGAGAUGGGCGUCUUGGAACUUGGGCAUUUUUAUCUGCAUCCGCUGUGCUGGUAUCCAUCGAAACCUGGGGGUUCACAUCUCCAAGGUCAAGUCCGUCAACCUGGAUCAGUGGACGCAGGAGCAGGUCCAGUGUGUUCAGGAGAUGGGAAAUGCCAAGGCCAAGCGUCUUUAUGAGGCUUUCUUACCUGAGUGCUUCCAGCGCCCGGAGACAGACCAGUCUGCAGAGAUCUUCAUCAGGGACAAGUAUGAUAAGAAGAAGUACAUAGAUAAGGUCAUUGACAUCCAGAUGCUGAAAAAAGAAAAGAGCUGCGACAAUAUACCCAAGGAACCAGUUGUGUUUGAGAAGAUGAAAUUGAAAAAAGACAUCAGCCCGAAGACAGAUUCGCAGUCCGUUACAGACCUGCUGGGAUUAGAUGCCCCUGCUCCGAGUGCUGUGGUGUCUAAUGGUGGAGGAUGUGUUCCAGACAGUAAUGAGAGCCCAGCGGUGUCUAAUCCACCUCUGGCACACUCUGCCCUGGAUCUCUUCAGCUCUCUGCCAACACCCUCCUCCGCUUCCUCCACUAAAACUACGCCUGUUUUCAACUCUAUGCCUCAGAGCAGAGUGACUGCCUCUGUGCCUGAAAACCUCAGUCUGUUCCUGGAUCCGACACCCAAAGCAGAGGAGGGCACUGUCAGGAAGCUGUCCAAGGACUCUAUUCUCUCCCUGUAUGCUUCCACCCCCUCAGUGCACGCUAGCAGUAUGGCUGCUCACGGCUUGUACAUGAACCAAAUGGGAUACCCGACACACCCGUACGGUUCGUACCAUUCCUUAGCCCAGGCAGGUGGAAUGGGAGGGACCAUGAUGACAUCACAGAUGGCCAUGAUGGGACAACAACAGAGCGGCAUGAUGCCGGUUCAACAAAACAGCAUGAUUGGAGUACAACAGAACAGCAUGAUGGGACAGCAGAAUGGCAUAAUGGGUGCCCAGGGUGUCAUGGCUCAGCCUAGCGGUGCUGUGGCGUCACCCUACAUGACGGGGAUGACCCAGGGCAUGAUGGGACAGCAGCAAAGUGGAAUGAUGGUACAGCAGCAGAAUGGCAUUAUGGGGCAGCAGCAGAGCGGGAUGAUGGUACAGCAGCAGAGCGGGAUGAUGGGACAGCAGCAGAGUGGGAUGAUGGGACAGCAGCAGGCUGGAGGUUUGACCACAUUACCCCACCAGCAGGUUUAUGGAGUGCAGCAAGCCCAACAGCUACAGUGGAACAUCACCCAGAUGACUCAGCACAUGGCCGGCAUGAAUCUCUACAACACCAACGGCAUGAUGGGAUACAGCAGUCAACACAUGGGAGGUUCAACAACUCCAAGUUCAGCGCACAUGACAGCACACAUCUGGAAAUGAACUCAUCUAUCCAAGAAGUGAUGUAACGCCAAUAACCCACAAAAGAGAGGGGAAACUGAGUUGUAGGAAUCUGUGGAUUAGACCCUCCAUAAGACAUUUUCUAAUGCAAGGGAGGAGGAAGAGGAGGAGAAGGAGGAGACAGGUGUGAAGAAGGAUGGUUUGGGAAACCACUACUACCUCUCUUUCUCUCUCCUCUCUGCCCAUGCUUCCUCUUCUUGUCUCGUCCAUGGCCAUGUUUUUGCAGAUUUCCAUGCUUGCCUUCAAAACAUUUUGGUAUAAUGACCAAGACAACAGGGUUCAGAGGCCACUGGUUAGGACUACACAUCUUCCUUUGUUCCUAGCCUGUAUGUGAGAGUGUGCGCACGUCUGCUAUAUGUAGGUGUCAACUAACUGCUCGACUUAAAAGAAUAGUUUGGUUUUUUGGAGAAUUUUACAGUUUUUCUUACCUGAUCAGAGUCAGAAAAAAAGCAUGAAUGCAUUUUCUGUCUCUUUGUUUAGUUUGAAGGUGCAUUGUACAAUGAGGUUAGCCUAGCUUAGCUUCACUGGUUGAUGUGCUUGAAUACUGAUGUUUAUUGGAACAAGUAAUAUAUCCUCUCAAAGUAGGGAAAUAUUUGCUGUUGGAAGGCUAAUCAGGAUUUUUUUUAAUAUUGUCUAAUUUGCCGAUCUAUUACAAAUGGUUCUGUUUGUUACUGAAUCACAACAACUGCUUGUUGGCUAAGCUCUGGCCUCCUCAGUUACUGCUGCUCCACCUGUCGAGCUUUCCGAGUCCGCACAGCACGUAUGGUGCUAACAAUGUUAACAGGUGCAGAUUUACCAUAAGGAAAUGUUAUUAUUUUUCAAACAAGAGUUUGACCAAACCCUGUCUCCGGCAAAUUUUUUGUUACCAGCUGACCCAUUUUAAAAUGAGAACCCUCAAAAGGAACCUUAAGUAAGCAGUUGAUAGCUACAUAUAACACCAUGCUAAACCAUAUUGGGCUAAAAAUCCUUUUCAUUCCUAGUCAGGCAGUCCAAACAUUGCAUGUAUAAGGGAAAAUGUAAGAUCAGACUGUAUUCCAACAUAACCCUGUUUGCUCAAUUAGCUUACACAGUACUUUGACAUGCAACACAGACGUUGGUUUAUUCUUUAUUAUUCAUAAUUUCAAACUGUAUGAUUUUUAACAUUACUAGAGAAAAUUUGUUAAGGAUGAGGACUAAUGUGUUAUGCAAAGUAUCACUCAAAUAAUUCUGCAUCUCAAAUAAUGCAGAGGCUGGAGUUGCUGAACUUCAGGUUUAGUGAACAUUAGCAUUAGUCAUUAGCUUCGUUUUAGCUGCAAACAUAUCAGCAAAAGAGCAUUUACUAUUUUUGGUCACUCACCUCUCAAGCAUACAGUGGUGAACCAAAAAAGAGUUUCCCAUAUAAAAAUCCAGAAAUCAAGCUAGGCUAGGCUAGGCUAGGCUAGGCUAGUCACCCCAGUCAUCACACCUUCAAGCUGCACAAUAAAGCGAAAGGUAUUUAUUAUGCAUUUGUUUGGCUCUGAAAGUAGGAAAAUUAGUAAAAUCCUAGAAUAAACAAUAUAUACCUAUCUAAGUAAGUUAUUCUACUCAUCCAACAAUAUUAAAAGUUCAGAAAUCCCUUUAAGUGUUGAUAAGUUGAGCUGCAGAAACCUAAACAGCCCUUAAUAAUGAUGUCUUCUACUCAAUUUACAGAGAGCUUCUUUUAGAAUCAAUAUCUAAUUGCGACUUUAAGCGUCAAAAGUCCUAAACUGCAUUUUAGGAGACCAAAGAUCAACGCUAGCUUUAUUAUGGUUGUACAGUGUUCCAAUAUGCUUUACUGUAUAGCCACUUAACUAGUGAUUAGUAGAAAAAUCAAUUCAGCAGUCCUUUAACAGUCUGUCUGGGCAUACCUGCUCCUACAAUUCACUGUGCUAUUUCCCGAGCAACGGUGGGACACUUAAAAAAGUCACUUGCAUGCAAAUGUAAUCAUGUAAGCGCUCACACACCUCAAGUUCAGAAUCUACCUUGUACAAUAGAGGCCUCAAAUAAUGUUGAAUGUCUGUAAAUAAGAGAGAAAUAAAGAGAGAAGUCGGGACGGAGACAAGUAAAACUUUAAGGUACAGAUCAGUCAUGUUAACAGAUGCUUCUACUGAAUUGCAUGAGGAGAAUGUUUAUCUAGCUGUGUAUGUACUGUAUGCUUAUUACGAUAUCCGAAUGUGUCUCUGGAAUGUGUAUCUCUGAAUGUUUCUCUACUAUACAUUUCCAUCAGUCUCUGACCAAGACCAACAACAAAAAAAAAAAAAAUCUCAAUGAAUGUGUGUCCUGAAUGUGUUCACGAUUGUACUGGACUCGUUUUAAACACGCACACCUCAGUAUUGUUGGGGUGUGUCUGUUUUUGAUAUUCUUUGACUCUGUCGAGCAACGUACACUUGUGUCUUUUAAAUGUCCUGUGAUCUACGGCGUCCCGUCCAGAUUUUGGUGAAUUGUAAAAGAUUUACUAUAAAAUGUCUUACCAUCAAGUCAGGAGCAAACUGUGACGUAACUAACGCGUUUACAAUUUGGCCAAACCACAUUGUGAAGCAAAAAAGCGAUUGUACGACCAUAAUCUGUCACCUCUCAAUGUUUUAGUUCACCCUUCUACACCUCUCCCACAUGAGCUCAGUCCUGAUCUCUCUGAAAGCGUUUCUUAACAUGUUCAUUCUUAUAUCUGCAUGAAGCCAUUACUGUAAAUAAUCUCAGUCUUUCCAUUUUAUUUUUUUUUUUAAAAAUAGGCACUUUGGUGUUGUCACUUUUAAUUUGACGGGGUAAGAAUGUAAAUGGAGAAACAAAUCAACAUACUCUGGCAUAACAAUUUUUUUUUUUUAUUAACUGCUGCCAAAAACAACAAGCAGUACAGCCUUGACAUCUCAGCAACUUGUCAUUUACUCCUCACAGGCAUUUGUUUCAAAUUGAGUUCAUUUGGCGGCAGCUGAGGCAAUACUUUGACAGCAGCAGUCGCCUUCUCUGCUGAGACCAAUAUUACCAUAAGAGGAUGUGUCGUCUCUGCACUGGAACAACAGAUCUGUCAGCUAGCCGUGAGACGUUUCUGGAGAAGGAGUAAAAAUCCAUCUCUGUGGGGCGACAAGGCGUCACCUGAGCUUUUCUCAUCUGUGAUUAACUUUAGGUUGCUUGUACUCAGUUCCUUUUUUUGUCUGGUAUAUUUUCUGUGAAAUAAAAGCAAAUAAAGGAAUGUAUCUUUUUAUGUACUUGUCAAUCAAGACAUUGUGUACUUUAUUCUUUAUCAGAAUAUAUUAUGCUUCUUAAACAAGAUUGAUGAACAUGUACUGUAUAUUAGUUCUGCAUUUCUUUCUUUCCCCAUAUGCUUCAAAUGCCUCUUUUGAUUUCAUGUUCACACUUUAGUCAAUUAAAUAUGACAAUAUGUAACAUAUGAUACAUGUCCCUGUGAAAACAUACAAAAUAAAUAUUGUUUUGAUUAUAUUGUA